GUGCGCGCCCUUCUCCGCCCCCGCCGGCGUCGGGCUCCACCCCCUCCCACUCCUCCCUCCCUGGGCUACACCGCUCACGCCUUCCUGUAAGUCCGAGCUGGGAGAAGUUCACUCCGAUCAGCUGAUCCCAACUGACAACAGGAGAGGAGGAAGCCCGGGAGACGGCGAAGGAGGAGUGGGGCGGAGAUGGAGAUGAGGAUGAAUCCACCGGUGCCCUGAGGAACAGCCCCUGCCCCCACCGGCUCCCAGCGGUCCCGCGACGCCGCCUCGCCGCGGCGGAGCUCCUCUGUGGUAUCCUCUGAAAUAUUGACUUGAGGUUGGAUUAUAUUGAAAAGCUCCUGGCCACUCUCUUUCCUUACCAAAACCUGGAGCUGAGCCUCAACCAACGAGCCCACCUCAGUGAACCCAUCAUCCCCUCUCAGAUAGCCAUAAAAGACCUUUUCGAGUUAAUUUUGACCAUAUUAUUUGUGUGCACUUUAUGGAGAAUAAAACCAUCAAACCAAAUCAACGUUGCUGCUGAUACAGGAGAUUAGGAGGAAGAAAAUUAAAAAUUCAAAUGUUUGUGAGUGUGUGAAGAAUUCUAAUAGGACCUCGAAGGUUUUUUUUUUUUUUUUUUAAAAAGGUGUUCAGAACCCUGUGAAAGUUCUGUGCAGGCUUCAGACUUGAAGCCUGGGGAAAACUCAGUGACCGUUAUAUGGUGGGUGAUUUCCUUAUCAAUCUGAGCAUGAGUGCCCAGACUUCCCCAUCAGAGAAGGGUCUGAAUCCGGGGCUGAUGUGCCAGGAGAGUUACGCCUGCAGUGGGACUGACGAGGCUGUCUUUGAGUGUGACGAGUGCUGCAGUCUGCAGUGUCUCCGCUGCGAGGAGGAGCUCCAUCGGCAGGAGCGCCUGAGAAACCACGAGCGGAUAAGACUCAAACCUGGCCACAUCCCUUACUGUGACCCCUGCAAGGGCCCUAAUGGGCAUUUGCCAGGUGUUAGGCAGAGGGCAGCCGUGAGGUGCCAGACCUGUAAAAUCAACUUGUGCUUGGAGUGUCAGAAGAGGACUCAUUCUGGGGGUAACAAAAGGCGACACCCCGUCACUGUCUACCAUGUCACUAAGAUCCAAGAGUUACUGGAGGAAGAAGAGAUGGAUGAGGACACCAGAAGGAAGAAGAUGACUGAGAAGGUUGUGAGUUUCCUCCUAGUAGAUGAAAAUGAAGAAAUUCAGGUAACAAAUGAAGAGGACUUCAUUAGGAAACUAGACUGCAAACCUGAUCAGCAUCUGAAGGUGGUUUCCAUUUUCGGAAACACUGGUGAUGGAAAGUCUCAUACCCUCAACCACACUUUCUUUUAUGGCCGUGAAGUCUUCAAGACCUCCCCUGCCCAGGAGUCCUGCACUGUGGGCGUGUGGGCGGCGUAUGACCCAGUCCACAAAGUGGCAGUGAUAGACACGGAAGGACUCUUGGGGGCUACGGUGAAUAUAAGCCAGAGAACACGGCUGCUGCUUAAAGUCCUGGCCAUCUCAGACCUCGUCAUUUAUCGAACUCAUGCGGACAGGCUGCAUAAUGACCUCUUCAAGUUUCUUGGGGACGCCUCAGAAGCUUAUCUGAAGCACUUCACCAAGGAGCUCAAGGCUACCACUGCCCGCUGUGGCCUGGAUGUCCCUUUGUCCACCCUGGGCCCUGCCGUUAUCAUUUUCCAUGAGACUGUGCACACACAACUGCUGGGCUCUGAUCACCCCUCAGAGGUGCCAGAGAAGCUCAUCCAGGACCGGUUCCGGAAGCUGGGCCGUUUCCCUGAAGCUUUCAGUUCCAUUCACUACAAGGGAACAAGGACUUACAACCCUCCCACAGACUUCUCUGGGCUGCGGCGUGCUCUGGAGCAGCAACUCGAGAACAACACUACCCGAUCUCCCCGGCACCCUGGCGUCAUCUUCAAAGCCCUGAAGGCACUGAGUGACCGCUUCAGCGGUGACAUCCCUGAUGACCAGAUGGCGCACAGCUCCUUUUUUCCAGAUGAGUACUUCACCUGCUCCUGCUUGUGCCUCAGCUGUGGGGCUGGAUGUAAGAACAGCAUGAAUCAUGGGAAGGAAGGAGUACCUCAUGAAGCCAAGAGCCGCUGCAGUUACUCCCACCAGUAUGACAACCGAGUUUACACCUGCAAGGCCUGCUAUGAGAGAGGCAAGGAAGUCAGCGUAGUGCCCAAGACAUCUGCUUCCACCGACUCCCCCUGGAUGGGUCUCGCAAAAUAUGCCUGGUCUGGGUAUGUGAUCGAGUGUCCUAACUGCGGCGUGGUCUAUCGUAGCCGGCAGUACUGGUUUGGGAACCAAGAUCCUGUGGAUACGGUGGUGCGGACAGAGAUUGUGCAUGUGUGGCCUGGAACCGAUGGAUUUCUGAAGGACAACAACAAUGCUGCCCAGCGCCUCUUGGACGGGAUGAACUUCAUGGCCCAGUCGGUAUCUGAGCUCAGCCUUGGGCCCACCAAGGCUGUGACUUCCUGGCUGACAGACCAGAUCGCCCCUGCCUACUGGAGGCCCAACUCCCAGAUCCUGAGCUGCAACAAGUGCGCUACAUCCUUUAAAGAUAAUGACACCAAGCACCACUGCCGGGCCUGUGGGGAGGGCUUCUGUGACAGCUGUUCUUCUAAGACCCGGCCAGUGCCCGAGCGGGGCUGGGGCCCUGCACCCGUGCGCGUGUGUGAUAACUGCUAUGAAGCCAGGAAUGUCCAGUUAGAUGUUACUGAGGCACAGGCGGACGAUGAAGGUGGAACGCUGAUUGCUCGGAAGGUGGGCGAGGCCGUGCAGAACACUUUGGGAGCCGUGGUGACAGCCAUUGACAUACCACUAGGUCUGGUGAAGGAUGCUGCCAGGCCAGCAUACUGGGUGCCUGACCACGAGAUCCUGCACUGCCACAACUGCCGGAAGGAGUUCAGCAUCAAGCUUUCCAAGCACCACUGUCGGGCCUGUGGACAGGGCUUCUGUGACGAGUGCUCCCAUGACCGCCGGGCUGUCCCCUCUCGAGGCUGGGACCAUCCCGUCCGAGUCUGCUUUAACUGCAAUAAAAAGCCCGGUGACCUUUAACCCCAGCUCCCUCUCUAAGUCCUUCACAAUUCCUUAGGUUCUCAGGGUUAGAAACAGUCUUGUUGGGGUAGGCCCUCCUCCCGGUCACCUGUUGUGGUGUGUGUCCUCGACUCAUCCUGGGGCCACUUGCCCAGUGGGAGGUGGCCAGCCGGGGUGAGCCUGGUGGCAGGCCCGAAGGUGUGAACCCCUCAGGGCAGGAGACUGAGCAGCUUAUAGCAAAGGGGAAUGAACCUGAAUCCGCUGCAUUUAUUUCAGUUAAAUAUAAUAAAGACAUAUACCCGUAUAUAUGAAUGAAAGGAAUGUGGAGUGUGUUCAAGCUGCCGCUGGCUGCGAGGACUUACCUGUGUGUCCCCAACACAGGGCUAAGGUGGCAGUGGCAGCAGGUCUUCCCCAGAAAACCUAGCCCGGUCCGAAGCCACUGCGUUGCUAGUCACCUUUCGCUGCUGCUCUCCAAGCCCUCGAAGCCUCUCCUUUCCUUGCUGUUUCCCAGCUGCCUGGGGAAGUGAGCUUCCUGGGUACUUCUUGCUUCGAAUAGCCUGAAGGGGAGUUUCCCAGGCCCUCUUGAGUUGGAUGUCAAUUCUUGGCCUAAGCUCGUUGCAGUGAGACCACCCAGCUUAGUGUGCAGGUCACCAGAGUGGGUGGAGGGUGAGGUAGGGUCCUCAGCCCUGAGAAGUCAGUGCAGGGAAUGUGACGUCCCUCCUACCCGGCUGGGGAGAGCCUGGAAGGAGACGGCUUUCCCCAGCAGUGUUUCCUGCCUGUUGAUGCUGCUGUGCGCCCACUCCACUUUCCCAGAGGCCACACCCUGCUCCCAAAUAGAGCACCUGCUUCCCUCCCUCUCCAGCCCCCUUGAGCCCACCAUUUGCUUCUGAGCGUUGCACUAGGAUUUUUAUCGCUUAUUUGGAAGUGUCUUAAUUCUUUGUUUCUGGACACAUGACCCUUCUAGCUAUUGGAGGGGUGAUCAUGAGAAAUCUUCCAGGGAAACAGAGCACAGAAUGGACUGAUAGUUGUUUUUUUUUAAGUAUCUAUAAAUAUUUCAACAGAUCAUUAAGAAAAAAUUCUCUCUCCGGUUCUUGCAAGAGAAGUCGAACUUUUCUCAUCAAGAGCUCGGACAUCCACAUCUGUGGUGACUGGAAAGACUAUUGUGCUGAAGCCCCGUCAUUGUGGUGGAUUUUCUCUUCAGUGGCCAAAACGAAGAAGUAAAAGUGACAUAGUUCCUGACUGAACUGGCGGGUGGGCCAAGCUUCGGGGAGGUACGUGGCGGUCGUUCCCGGCGUGUGUCCGUGUGAUGUAAGUCCUGGAAUGUUGGUCCUUCUCAGACCUGCUCCCUUAUUGCCUCCUGUGGCCCAGCGACUGAGGCCCUACUCUAGUACUGUGUAUUAUCAAUUCGCCAUUAUAAAGGAAUCUUCCUGCUCAA